AUUACCUACUGUGAUAUGCAGCCUAUCGUUCCUCCAUCGUACUGUCAACUACCAAAGCCAAACCUAAUAUAUUAAUUAACCAAAGCUAGCGUAAGAUGUCGAAUCACAUGCCAAUCUAUAGUCAGGUAGUACCAAAAUCACAAUACCGAAAACCGAAGCAGGUGAGCAGCCGCGAGCGACCCCAACUGGCGCGGACCGACUUCGACCCCCUCAACUAUAACCACGGAGGCAACUUUCAACUCCUCAACGCCCCGCUGGAGGUGAAGAUGGAUAAGGAGAAGAAGGAGAGGAGGGGGGAGAGGGACAGGGACAGGGGGGAGAGGGGGGAAAGGGGCGAGAGGAGGAAGACGCAGAGAGCGGAGACGAAUGAUGGGAAGGUGGAGGCAUAUUUGAGGCAAAAUCAAGUGAGCAUAAGACAGCAGCAACACAGGCACUCGGCGGUGAGGCAAGCCGAACACAGAGUGAAUUUGAGAUCUCUACCGCUAAACGAGAACGCUAUAUCUCGCGAUCGCGGCCAUGACAGAACACCAACCGAGAGGCACCGAGGUUUCGAGCGAGAGCGGGACAGAGAACGGGAGAGGGAGCAUCGGCGUGAGAGAGACAAGGAUAGGGACAGGGAACGGGAUGAGUUUGAUGGUUUUCUUGAACGUGAAAGAGAGAGAGAACCGAGAGAGCACCGGCGCGAGCGGGACAAGGACAGGGACAGGGACAGAGACAGGGAUAGGGAGAGGGAUUUAGAGUUUGACGGGACACCUCUAACCCCACCAUCGUCCCGUCCAGUCCGCAAAUCGUCGUCAGCACACCGUGUUUCUGAGACUAUAUCCGCAGACAAGAGGAGGUUUUUCUGUCGGGAAUGGGCGUUCCAAAAAAUAGCACAUUGUCUGGAACAGCGACCUGCUAGCAAGGCUUGCGGGGCUCUUAUAUUAGGGGACGCUGGCAGUGGCAAAACUGCGCUAUGUCAGGAGCUAAGCGAUCCCGGCCAGGGUCCGCAGGCUCGCCAACAGAGGGCGCUGAACAGAAGACUGCUGGCCAGGCAUUUCUUACAAGGUCACAGCGAAAGUAGCCUUCGUCCGGGAGAAUUCAUCCGCUCCUUGGCUAUGCAGAUUUUGAGUCAAUCGUCGCGCCGUCCUCGUGCUGAUACGAGCGAGAGGGAUGCCUCUCCGAGGGAUUGCGACGGACGCAAUUCCGAAGAAGAGCGAUUGAUCAGCAAAUUCCAGGAGCUUGGUGACGAUGGCGAAGACAGUUCUAAACCUCUCCUGGCUGAUAGUGAGGACCAACGAACGGACGAGGAAGAUGGCGGCGGGCGGCGCACGCGCACGAUUGAUCGUAUCCACGAGCGGGAAGCAUAUACUGAUUCUAUGGCCGAUACUAAUGCUGAAAAUGUGCCAGAAAUCCUGCCGCGCUCCAGCGUCAAAACCACCAACCCGUUCGCUACAGACGAAAAAGAGAACCCUCUAUACGAGAACCAUGAAAACCUAUUCCUUCGCAAUAUUUCCCAACGCCAGUCCAAAGAGAUACGCAACUCUAGACUACUCCGUCAAAGCUCAGAACCGCUCACUGAGAAAAAACCUAGCGUACUCCAAAAAAGUCUAUCCACAGAUCAAAAAACUGAUAGUAACAGCGAAAAUGAGAAGACUAACAGUCCUCCUAAGUCUAGAAUACCAGUGGCUAACUUUAAAUACCCUAACAAGAGCGAGCUAAAACCUAAUUCUGUUGAAAAUUCGCCGCAGAAGAAAGAAAAAGAGUUACCUGAGUACCAGAAUGUUCUAGAACGAGAGAAGAAAGAGGAUGACCCGCCUCCAAUACCUUCUUUGCCAGUCAGUCCAAGGACUUUAAUAGCGAACGCGUACUAUGAUAAAUUGUUGUCCGAGCCGGAGAUACAGCAAGCGUUGUUGCCUCAUAAUUUGGAGAAGAAUCCGGAUGAGUGCUUUAAAAAGGCACUAUUAUUUCCACUUUUGGAGAUAGAUCCGCCCAAGCAAUGUUUGUUUUUGCUGGUGGACGCCAUUGAUGAAGGGUUAAAUGGCCAACCGCCAGAGCGAGACAGCACGACGGAGUCGCGCACUGUUGCCGCUCUGCUCUCUCGUCACCAGCACCUGUUCCCGCAGUGGCUGCUGCUCGUCUGUUGCGCCAGAAGACAGAGCAAGAGUCUCACCAAGAUGUUCACAGGAUUCAGGAAGAUAACCCUGGAUGAGCUUCAGCGAGCUCACGUGUCGGCUGACGUACAGAGAUACGUGCUGUCCAGACUUGAUACAGAGCCUAGACUCAGAGCGCGCGUAUCGCAUGACGCCACCGCCGCCGCGGCUGCCGCGGCCGCGCUCGACCAUCUACGGAUCAAGAGCGAUGGCUGCCUUCUGUAUUUAGAGAAGGUGUUAGACGGAGUGGCAGAUGGCUUCAUAGCGCUCCGCGAAAUCAAGGAGAUACCUGGGACACUGAACGGUCUAUAUCUAUGGCUGGCUCAGCGGCUAUUCCAUGGAAGGCGAUUCACUAAGGUCCGUCUUCUACUGGACGUAUUGCUGGCGGCUCGCUGUGGUGUCACUGAAGAAAUGCUGUACAAAUGUCUUCUCACUAAAGAGUACAGUGUUACUAGAGAGGAUUUUAAUAGACGCCUACAUUUACUGCGAAGGAUAUUAGUAAUGGAGCGUUCUACAGGCUACCUAUCCAUCUUCCACCACUCCUUCGCCGUGUGGCUGUUGGAUGUUAAACAUUGCACGCGGCGUUACCUUUGCUGCCCCGCCGAUGGACAUGCCGCGCUUGCCAUGUACUAUACUCUGUUAGCAAAAAGAUUGAGCGCUCUGGAAAUACACAACUAUGUGUUCCAUAUGACUAGUCUGGAACAACAUAUGGCGGGACAGAAGAAGAAGACUAACGACCAAGAAGAAGUGAUAGAUCUCCACACACUAGUACUCUUAUGGGUACUGGAUUCUGGCUGCGACGUGGAGUCGGCGUUACGGCGAGAAAACGAUACUAUGCGACAACUAGACACCAUCGACACUCAGAAAACGGAAAGUAAACCCGAGGAUAAAGAAGGUGACCCUGAAUCAGAAGGAAAAGAUUCAAUUUCGGACCCCUCGGCCCUAGAGUCCAUAAUGCCUGAGCUAAUAUCAGGAAAUACAGACGCCAGAUGGCCCCACGACAGACGCGUACUUCGAGCGUUAUUAGAACUGAGUCGCUCUGAUUCCGCGCCGGGAGAGACUACCGAAGAAGUACCUGAUUUGCUCUCUUUGGACGCGCCUCUUGAAACAGAAGUGCUAGCGCCCGACGUGGAAUCCGAAGAGCCGGUCGUUAUUGAUCCGAACGCGGUCUUCGAAUUAGCGACCAGAGGAGAGGAUGAUGCUCUCACGGCUCUGCUAAAGCGUUGCCCGGAGCUAGCGCUAGUAGCGGACGCGACGGGCGGCACGGCGCUGCACGCGGCCGCUCGCGCCGGCCGCGCGUCCACGUGCUGCGUGCUGCUGCGCGCCGGCGCGCGCCCCGACGCGCCCGACGCCGACGCUUGGAGCGCGCUGAGGGCGGCGGCCUGGGCGGGACAUACCGAGGUGGUGGAAGUUCUACUUGAAUUUGGAUGUGACGUGGAUUGCGUCGAUGCAGAUAACAGGACGGCUUUGAGAGCGGCCGCCUGGUCGGGCCAUGAAUGCGUCGUGUCCCGCUUACUAGCAGCAGGCGCGGAUCCCGAUAAAGCGGACGCGGAGGGCCGCACGCCGCUCAUAGCGGCCGCUUACAUGGGACAUGCUGAUAUUGUUCGAGCGUUACUGGACGCUGGGGCGAGCGUCGACCAUGCUGACGAAGACGGUCGAACAGCACUGUCAGUAGCAUCCCUCUGCGCCUCUGGAGCAGCUUGCGCGGCGCUACUCUUAGAGAGAGGCGCUGACGUCUCCCGCUGCGACCGCGAUCGCGCAACACCCUUACUGGUCGCUGCUUUUGAAGGCCACACUGAAAUCUGCGAGCUUCUGCUGGAGCACGAGGCGGACAUCGAGGCGCACGACGCGCUGGGCCGCACGGCGCUGUGGGCGGCCGCGUCCGCCGGCCACGCGCGCGCCACCAGGCUGCUGCUGUUCUGGGGCGCCUGCGUCGACUCCAUGGACAGGGAGGGGCGGACUGUGCUCACUACGGCCGCGGCUCAAGGAAACGUGGAAGUAGUCCGGCAGCUCCUUGACCGAGGUCUAGAUGAACACCACAGAGACAACUCUGGGUGGACGCCGCUACAUUACGCCGCAUUCGAAGGUCACAUAGAAGUAUGCGAAGCUCUUCUAGAAGCGGGUGCGAAAGUGGACGAAGCGGACAACGAUGGCAAGGGAGCCCUAAUGCUGGCCGCUCAGGAGGGACACACUGGUCUGGUCGAAGUGCUGGUCGACGAUUGGUCCGCGCCGGUCGACCAGCGGGCUCAUGAUGGCAAGACCGCGCUCAGACUGGCGGCCCUAGAAGGCCACUUCGACACAGUACGCGCGUUAUACCAACGCGGCGCCGAUGCGGACGCCUUAGACGCCGACCGACGGAGCGCGUUAUACGUCCUAGCGUUAGACAAUCGUCUCGCUAUGGCUAGAUUCUUGCUAACAGAGUGUGGGGCGCGAGCGGACACUACAGAUCUUGAGGGUCGAACUCCGCUCCACGUGUCUGCGUGGCAAGGGCACGUCGACAUGGUGAACUUACUCAUAAAAGUCGGCGCAGCUGAUGUAGAUGGACGUGAUAGAUGUGGAAGAACAGCGCUGCACGCGGCGGCGUGGCGCGGCCGCGGCGCCGUGCUGGCGGCGCUGCUUGCACACGGCGCCGACACUGCUGCCGUUUGCACGCAAGGCGCUACUCCGUUAGGUAUCGCAGCUCAGGAGGGCCACGAAGAAUGCGUUUUGUGGUUACUGCAGCACGGAGCGGACCCAUUGCAAGCUGACCAUUGCGGGCGCACGCCGGCCACGGUGGCGUGGCGCGCGGGGCACGCGCACAUCAGCCGCCUGCUCGAGCGGGCCGCGCCCGCGCUGCUGCCUGAACACAACACCAAAGAUUCUCCGGAAUACAAGCGUCGCAGCACACACAGCAACUCGACGAAAUCGUCCGCCGGCUCCACAAGAGACCACGAGCCGCCUCCCGAUCUCACACAUCAUGAGAAGCCGAAUCGAGCAAAUCUAUCGCUCUCUUUCGCGCAACAGGUCGCACGCUGCGGCCGCAGCAGGCGUGAGAAAGAGAGGGAAAACGUGAUACCCGAACAUCAUGCGGUCGAAAAGGAUUCUAAACUUAGGAGUUACGCAGCCAACGAACGAGACGCCGACCUACGCGGCUACGCGUGCGAGCGAGACAGACGACGCGACGAGCGACACGGCUACCCGUGCGACAGAGACAACAUGAGUCCGCUCUACGCCUCCCCACCACGGAGCCCUAUCAGCGACAUUUGUAGCCCCACACAACCCACACAUGGCUCUCAACCUCCAAGCCUGACAGCUCAGCCGGUGGUGACAGACACACACUUCAACCGCGACACACAUAUGCGAAUCAUACUGGGGCGAGACACGAAACCGCCGCAAGAGCGAGAUAGUGGAGGAGCUUCGAAGAGUCGUCAGGCGUACAACAGGCUAGUAGGCAGUCUGGGGCGAGCGAGAGGGCGCAUAUUUAAGAAAACUAAAGGAAAGAGGAAUGGUAUCGUGACAAAUCCGGCAAUGCGACUUGUCGCGAAUGUCAGAAACGGCCUCGACAGCGCCGCCGCCAAUAUUCGUCGCACGGGGGUAGCCCUAGCAGCGAGCGCCAGCUCCGCCAACCCGGCUGUCAAAACCAACGCCUUCCAGUGGAGGAAGGAGACGCCGCUAUAAACUAGAGCGAGAGGCAAGGACCGAACAGAAAGUCAUGUUAGACAAAGAUC